UCCAUGAUUUCAGUGCAUCUGUUGCCAUGCGAGACGCUAGUUACAGCUAAUCUAGUUACGGAAGAUUUUAAAGGAGAGAAUAACGUGGAGGCCAAGAGGGAGGCGGGGCACAGCCCUAGUAAGGUUGUAGGGUAAACGGUUAGAAUGAGAAGGGGUGUGACCUUUAACUUAAAUUUGCAUAAAACGGAACCCAUCCAGGUGACUACAACUUCACUCAUUUAUUGGUAGCCCCUGAGCGGCGCCUCGCUUCUCCUUGGAGCAAAUCAUGUCGGGAGAUGUAGUUCGGAGUUCAGUUACUAUGGCGUUCUCUACAGCCUCCGGGAGUCCGGGAGUGACGAGCGGCCUGACCAAUGGGAGCAGCGCCUGGGCCAGCGGGGGCGGGCUCUCUGCAGAAGGACUCGAAGGUGGCGGUGGCCAAGGCGCAGGCCGUUAGGGCCGCUCGAAGGCAGGUGACUAUGAAAGGCUUAUAUUUUCAACAGAGUUCUACAAAUGAAGAAAUAACAUUUGUAUUUCAAGAAAGGGAAAAUCUUCCUGCUACAGAGGAUAACUAUGUGAAACUUCAAGUUAAAGCCUGUGCUCUGAGCCAGAUAAAUACAAAGCUUCUUGCAGAAAUGAAGAUGGAGAAGGAUUUCUUUCCUGUUGGGAGAGAAAUUGCUGGAAUUGUGUUAGAUGUUGGAAGCAAGGUAUCAUUCUUUCAACCAGAUGAUGAAGUAGUCGGAAUUUUACCCCUGGAUUCUGAAGACCCUGGACUUUGUGAAGUUGUUAGAGUACAUGAGCAUUACUUGGUUCACAAGCCAGAAAAAGUCACAUGGACAGAAGCUGCUGGAACCAUUCGGGAUGGAGUACGAGCCUACACAGCUCUGCAUUAUCUUUCUCAUCUCUCUCCAGGAAAAUCAGUGCUGAUAAUGGAUGGAGCAAGUGCACUUGGUACGAUAGCUAUUCAGUUAGCACACCAUAGAGGAGCCAAAGUGAUUGCGACAGCGUGCAGCCUUGAAGACAAGCAGUACCUGGAAAGACUUAGGCCUUCUAUAGCCCGAGUGAUCGAUUUAUCUAAUGGGAAAGCCCAUGUUGCUGAAAGCUGUUUAGAAGAAACAGGUGGCCUGGGAGUAGAUAUUGUCCUGGAUGCCGGAGUGAGAUUAUAUAAUAAAGGUGAUGAACCAGAUGUAAAAUUACAACUACUACCACAUAAACAUGAUAUCAUCACAUUGCUUGGUGUCGGAGGCCAUUGGGUAACAACGGAAGAAAAACUGCAGUUGGAUCCUCCUGACAGCUACUGCCUUUUCCUCAAGGGAGCAACGGUGGCUUUCCUGAACGAUGAAGUUUGGAAUUUGUCAAAUGUACAGCAAGGAAAAUAUCUUUGUAUCUUAAAAGAUGUGAUGGAGAAGUUAUCGACUGGUGUUUUUAGGCCUCAGUUGGAUGAACCCAUUCCACUAUAUGAAGCAAAAGUUUCUAUGGAAGUCGUUCAGAAAAAUCAAGGAAGAAAAAAGCAAGUUGUUCAAUUUUAAUUUUGUUCUUUCUCAGAGCUCAGUUGGAGGAAUCCAUUCCAGUAUUUGAAGCCAGAGUUUCCUUGGAAAUUGUUCAGAAAAGUCAAGGAAGAUAAAAAAGCAAGUUGUUCCAGUUUAAAGCAUGAUUUCCUGCUAUCUGAGACAAGAUGUUCAGAGUUAUUUGAAGUAUUUAGAAAGUAUUUGAAAAAUUACUGUACAAACGGCCAAGACAGUUCUAUAACAUCUAAAGGGAAUAUUCUGAAAGCCUUUUUCGUUAUUGUUUUUAUGUACUUUCCUCCGUUAUUAAUUUUUUUCCAUGAAGAAAACUGCUUUCAGCAAAAGCCACGCUAUUGAUAAAGCUGUUAAGUCUUUUGGUAUGUCAAAAUAAGGUUACUUUUGUGUCAACUCCAUUCUCAGCACCUUCGUUCCUUAACAAACCUUUGCUGUCAUAAUUUAAUCUUCUGAGUAUAUUUUCAAGUUUCAAAGGAUCUAGCCCAUAGACACUUAAAA